CCCCUCGACGAGGACGAGGUCCGCCGGGUCGGCGCUCCCCGCCGGGUUCUUCAGCGCGACGGGCCGGCCGCAGGCCGCCGACCGCCGCGCCGCCUCCGCAACCAGCGUGGCCAGGACGGCGUCGCCGCGGCGCACCUUCGGCGCGGCGCCGCCGCGGCAGGCGCGCGCGAAGUGCGCGACGUCCUCGGCAAAAGCCGCGCGGAAGCGCUCGGGGAAGGACUCGACGAGCUGACUGGAAACGACGCCCGCGGCGCCGCCGACCUCGAGGGACGUGGCGACGUGGUUCCCGACGCUCAGCGCCGCGCCCGUCGCCGUCCAGACCUCGCAGCGUUGGUCGUAGCCGUACGCCGAGGCCCGCGCGACCUCGAAGGUGCCGGCGACGCCCAGGGCCCGCCACGUCACCGUGAUGACGGCCGCGAACGCCGCGUCCAACCCGACGGCGUAGACCUCGUCCGGCGCGAGCCGGACGCCGUCGGCGCCGGUCGCCUUUCUCAGGGCGGCGAGCGCGAAGUCGAGGUCGUGCGUCGCGAGGUCGUGGUAGACGUCGCCGCCGCAGGACUCGAGGAACGCCCGCGGGGGCGUCGGGUGGUCGCGGAAGACGCAGCGGAUCGUCCGCGGCGCGCCCUCGGCCGGGAGGCGGUCCAGCAGGGCCUUGUAGGACGCGUCCGACCGCCGCUGGAAGAGGCAGUGCAGCCCCACGUCGCAGUCCCGGCAGACGUCGUAGGCGCGCGCGAUCUCCGCCGCGGACAGCCCGACCGGCUUCUCGCACGCGACGUGGGCGCCGUAGCGCGCCGCCCGCUCGAUGAGGGCCGCGUGGGCCGCCGUGGGCGCACAGACCCAGACGCCCUGGAUGCGCUCGCCGCCCCGCGUCCACGCGUCGACGGCCUCGUCGAGGCUCGCAAAGGCCGCGCAGCCGUAUUUCCUCGCCAGCGCCGCGCACUUCGCGGCGUCCGCCUCGACGACGCAGGCGACGUCCGCCUCGAGCGACUCGUGGAGCUGGCGGCAGCGCAGCUCGCCCAUGCGGCCGCCGCCCACGACGCAGACGCGCACGCGCGGCGGCGGCGGCGGGGCCGCGGCGAGCGCGGCUUGCAACGCGGCGCUGCUCGUCGUCGUUUUCGGCGGGACGCACAUGAUUUGGCCGGAGAGUGUGUUACUCAGGCUGCAGCGUCUGAAGAGAGUUGCUCAGCUGCAGCCUGGCCAAAUGACCGUGGAGAGCGAUGACUGCGCUUACAGUUGCACGCUCGCGACUGUGAGCAAGGCCUGAGAUGCUGCGACGAACAGACCCUUGCUUUUACGGGAGGCUGUGAGCACACGUGUAGCACCCUAUAGUCUACGUACU